AACACUCGCCCUCUGCGAGGCACGAGAAUUGGACUGACUAAUUGUGGUUCAAAGCUGAGAGCGCAGCUGUUGAAAUACUGUUUUUGGUCAUUACUAAAUCCUGCGCUCUGCUUGAUGACUGAGAGAAAUACUGAUGUAGCUUCUCGUUUUUGUGGGGGGGAUAUGUGCACCAGCAUGUGUGUGCUCUUCAAACAGUUCUUGUUUCACACACUGUGGCUGCAUGAGGAAGUAGGUUUUGAAUGUUGCGCUAGAUGUCUUGUAGCUUGGUGACUGCCGUUGGAUUUGACUGUCCCCCCUGCGUGAUGGCAGCACUGUGAAGAGAUCAAAAUUUGGAUUUUAACAGCUGACACAGAGACAUACACUUUCUGCACCGCGGGCACCCGAAGAGGAGAGGUCCACCAGAACAAUGGCGAAGUACCACUGGCAGAGUCAGAAUGUGAAGCAAAGCGGAGUGGACGACAUGGUCCUCCUGUCCAAAAUAAGCGAGGAUGCCAUCGUGGAAAAUCUGAAGAAGAGAUAUAUGGACGACUACAUCUUUACUUAUAUCGGCCCUGUCCUGAUUUCAGUUAACCCGUUCAAACAGAUGCCCUAUUUCACUGACAGAGAGAUUGAGCUAUACCAAGGGGCUGCCCAGUAUGAGAAUCCUCCUCAUAUCUACGCUUUGACCGAUAACAUGUACAGAAACAUGAUGAUUGAGGGGGAGAACCAGUGUGUUAUCAUCAGUGGUGAGAGUGGUGCAGGCAAGACCGUGGCUGCCAAAUACAUCAUGGGUUACAUUUCUAAAGUAUCCGGAGGUGGAUCAAAAGUGCAGCAUGUGAAAGACAUCAUCCUACAGUCAAAUCCUCUGCUGGAAGCUUUUGGUAAUGCCAAGACUGUCCGCAACAACAACUCUAGUCGUUUUGGAAAAUACUUCGAGAUUCAGUUCAGCAGAGGAGGAGAGCCAGACGGUGGCAAGAUUUCAAACUUCCUGCUGGAGAAAUCGAGGGUGGUGAGCCAGAAUGAGAACGAGAGGAACUUCCACAUUUAUUAUCAGCUGAUAGAGGGUGCCAACGCUCAGCAGAAAGAGGGCCUGGGCAUCAUGACCCCAGACUACUACUACUACCUCAACCAGUCGGGGACUUACAAAGUGGACGGGACAAACGACUGCAAAGACUUCCAAGAGACGAUGGAAGCCAUGCAGGUAAUUGGGAUCCCAGGUGACAUUCAGGCUCAGGUGCUGCAGAUCAUUGCGGGUAUCCUCCACCUGGGAAACAUCAGCUUCAUAGAGGCAGGAAAUUACGGGCAGGUGGAAAGCACAGACUUGCUUGCCUUCCCUGCCUAUCUACUGGGAAUUGACCCAAACCGCCUUCAGGACAAGCUGACUAGCCGGAAGAUGGAUUCAAAGUGGGGAGGGAAGUCUGAGUCCAUCAAUGUGACCCUGAAUCAGGAGCAGGCCACCUACACUCGCGAUGCCCUGGCCAAAGCACUUUAUGCCCGCCUCUUUGACUACCUGGUGGAGGCCAUCAAUAAAGCCAUCCAAAAACCUCAUGAGGAAUUCAGCAUCGGGGUCCUUGACAUUUAUGGCUUUGAGAUUUUCAAGAAAAACGGAUUUGAGCAGUUUUGUAUAAACUUUGUAAAUGAGAAGCUUCAACAGAUCUUCAUUGAACUCACUUUAAAGGCCGAGCAGGAAGAGUAUGUUCAGGAGGGCAUAAAGUGGACACCCAUUGAGUACUUUAACAACAAGAUAGUGUGUGAUCUCAUUGAAAAUAAACUGAACCCUCCUGGCAUUAUGAGCGUACUGGAUGAUGUGUGUGCCACCAUGCACGCCAAAGGAGAGGGUGCAGAUGGCACUCUGCUGCAGAAACUGCAGGCUGCAGUGGGAACACAUGAACAUUUCAACAACUGGAACUCUGGCUUUGUCGUGCAUCACUAUGCUGGGAAGGUGUCGUAUGAUAUCAACGGCUUCUGCGAGAGAAAUCGAGACGUGCUCUUUCCUGACCUCAUUGAGCUCAUGCAAAGCAGUGAAUUUGAUUUCAUUUGUAGCCUGUUCCCUGAAAAUCUUAACACAGACAAGAAAGGUCGGCCGACGACAGCGAGCUCCAAGAUAAAGAGACAAGCCAACAACCUGGUGAACACACUCAUGAAGUGCACUCCCCACUAUAUCCGCUGUAUCAAGCCCAACGAGACAAAAAGACCAAAAGACUGGGAAGAGAGCAGGGUUAAACAUCAAGUUGAAUACCUCGGGCUGCGGGAAAACAUUCGUGUGCGCAGGGCUGGAUUUGCAUACCGCAGAGUCUUCAACAAGUUUCUGAUGAGGUAUGCCAUUCUGACAGCUGAAACAUGGCCAUGCUGGAGGGGCCCAGAACAGCAAGGGGUGCUUCAUCUCCUCCGCUCCGUCAACAUGGACAAUGAUCAGUACCAGAUGGGACGCUCUAAGGUCUUCGUCAAAAACCCAGAAUCGCUGUUUCUUCUUGAGGAGAUGAGGGAGAGAAAGUUUGACACCUAUUCCAGGAUCAUCCAAAAGGCCUGGAGACGAUUCAUUGCCCGAAAGAAGUAUGAACAGAUGAGAGAAGAGGCCUCGGACAUCUUGUACAACUCCAAAGAGCGGAGGAAGAAUAGCAUUAACAGGAACUUUGUUGGUGACUACCUUGGUCUGGAGCAAAAACCUGAACUGCGGCAGUUCCUGUCCAAGAGGGAGCGCGUGGACUUUGCUGAUUCCGUCAACAAGUUUGACCGCAGGUUUAAGUCUAUCAAGAGAGACUUGAUCUUGACCCCAAAGGGCAUCUACCUGAUUGGUCGUGAGAAGGUGAAAAAAGGGCCGGAAAAAGGACAGAUCAAAGAGGUGCUGAAAAGAAAGCUUGAGUUUGGAAGCCUCAGCAGUGUCUCUCUGAGCACAAGACAGGAUGAUUUCUUCAUCUUGCACGAGAUUGAGUACGACAGUCUUCUGGAGUCCAAUUUUAAGACAGAGUUCCUCAGUUUGCUGUCCAAACGCUAUGAGGAAGUGACCAAGAGAAAACUAACAAUCUCCUUCUCUGACCGACUGGAGUUUAGAGUGAAGAAGGAAGGCUGGGGCGGAGGCAGCUCCAGAGUGGUCGUGUUCCAGAGGGGUCAAGGGGACCUGGCUCAACUCAAACCUGGUGGGAAGACCCUAUCCAUCACAGUAGGGGAUGGUCUGCCUAAGUCUUCCACAUACCAGAAUGGAGCGCCCAAGUUCUCCAAUGCUCCUCGUAACCAGAGGUCAGAGAUCACAUAUUCUGCCCCGAACAAACACGGCAGACCCCCUAGCACAGUCUUGCCCAAACUGGACCACCAGAGAGCUCCACGAGCCCCAGUCCAGACCCAGAACCAGGGGGACAUGGCCUUCCUUAAUGUGCCCGACCAAGGCAUGUCAGGGAUGCAGAGGAAAAGAAGCAUCAGCCACCGACCGCCUCCUGCUCCCAAACCCCAGCCAGCACCCAAAGGUCCCCGCUGCCGGGCGCUGUAUCAGUACGUUGGCCAGGACACAGACGAAAUCAGCUUUGAGGCCAAUGAAGUGUUUGACCUCGUCAAACAGGAUCCGUCCGGCUGGUGGACAGGCAGGAUCAGAGGAAUGGAAGGGCUCUUCCCCGGGAACUAUGUGGAAAAGAUAUAAGCAGCGCUUCUCAUGGAAAUGUUUGAGUUAGUUUAAAAAAAACCAGUGUUUUUCUUGAAUGCAGAACAUUUAGAUUGUCUAAAAAUAAUUCAAAUUUAAAAAAAAAAAACUGCCAAGAGUGUUUCAGGCUCGGAGGGUAGCUCUCCCCUCCAAAACGGAAGUCAUGAUGGAAAUGGAGCUGUUUAAGGGAGGACUUUGUGGACAUUUGAGCCCUUGCUAAACUUCCCUGGCAAACAGAACUGGACGAAGACAGGACGGGAAUCGUGAUGGUCAUGAUUGUUGAAACAGGACUUAAAGGAGCGGCUCAGGUUUCAUCUCUGUUGAAGAGUCAAGUGACUCCGUUGUGAACAACCUCGCAACAAGAUCUAUGACCUCAUCCACAGGCUGACAACACCUUCUUUUGAGCGGCUGUCACUGAGCAACUUGAAGCUCAAGUUGAACCAAAACUGAAAAGUGACCUGAAAAUACUUCCUUGCUUCCAGUUGUCCUCGGCAUCUCUACUGUUCUCUGACUUUUUCUCAAGAUCAGAUUCUAGCAAUACUCGCUGUUUUUGAUUGAAUCAGCAGCAUAAAAUGGGAAAAAACAAACAGUAAAUAUGCAACAAGUGGUAUUGACUGAUACUUAAGUGUAACCAAUCCUCUGACACAAUGUUGUACUUUUGAUUUUUUUUCUUACAUCUGUUUUAUCCAAUGUUCAUGGUAUUUUCUGAGCUUUUUUUUCUCCUCAAUAAAAACUAAAAGAAGUAUAUUUUCAUAUUUUUACCUUGAGAACUUAUGCACUGGUUUGUAUUGUGACAUCAGUAUGUUAUGUGCCACUUGAUAAAUGUUACUUAUCCUCUCCUUCCACUUAGCUUUCUUCAGGUGCAUUUAUGUAAAGUAAUGACAUUUUCUCACAGUCAAUCAAUUUGUAUUUUUUUAAUAUGAAUAUGAUGAGAGGAAUAAAGUUUCUCAGAUCACAUUUCUUCACACAGUUUUUCAAUUGUCAAAAUUAGCUGUUUGUAACCUUUUUUGAAGAUGGCGGUGAAUAAUUCUGUCAGGGCUGUUGAAUCAAGUUUCAGUUCAUGUUUAGUUAGUUUUGUGUCCUAGAAAGUUAACCUCUGGAGCUGUGUGUGGAAUGUGGGUGGGGUUAGACAUUGUUUUUGCAAAUGCUCCGUGAAAUUUGAAGGGAAGGGUUAUUUCAACAACAAUGGUUGAUAAGCAACGAGACUAAGACUUCACCUGAGCUGUGAACACAUAGCUAACAUUAAUGUCAGUUUCAUCUAAACUUACAGCCCCUACUAUGUUUGUAACCAUGGUGUUACAUGAAAUCAGAUAUCCUACAUCUGGGUUUGUAAUCAC